AUAAAGCCAACGAUCUCCGAGAUAGCUUCCAGAGAUCCCAAGUCUUAUUUCGCGGAAGGAAACCAGGGAGGAACGGAAAGAACGUUUUCUUGGUUGGGGGAAAGGAGCCCUUCUUAUCGGGCCGGAGCCACGGAUUUCUCUCUCUCCUUCCAUGUCUUCCGAGCCAUUCACCUCCGAUGGGGGCCACUGCUACGUCAAGAUGCAGUCGGAGCCACCGACGCUCGCCUCCUCCCCCUCCUUCCGGCUGCCGGAGCACCCCAAGAUCUUUGAUGAAUUGCCCAAGGCCACCAUCGUCUCCGUGUCACGGCCCGACGCUAGCGAUAUCAGCCCCAUUCUCCUCUCCUACACCAUCGAAGUCCAGUACAAACGGUUUAAAUGGUGUUUGCUGAAGAAAGCCUCGCAAGUUUUCUAUCUACAUUUUGCAUUGAAGAAACGAGCAUUUAUUGAGGAAUUCCAUGGGAAGCAGGAGCAGGUUAAAGAAUGGCUUCAAAAUCUUGGUAUAGGGGAGCAUACACCAGUUGUACAAGACGAUGAUGAAGCUGAUGAUGAGCAUGUUCUUAUACAUCAUGAGGAAAGCUAUUCAUCUAAAAAUAGUUUUCAAGCACAAUGGAUGCUUCUAGAGAUUUUGGUUUAUUGAAAGGUAAACUGUCAGUCCACUUUUCUCGUGACAUACAGCCAAGUCAGAAAACACAAGGAGUCCAGUAGAAUUUCAUUUGGUGGAAGUUCUGUCUUUUCUUUCUAGUUGCCAGUUUUCAUUCCAUCUUUUAUCAGUGUUGGUUAACAUAUGCAGGCUUUAUCCCAUCAAUUUAAGAUCAACUAGCUUGUCAACCUGCACUCUUAUUCUGGAGCUUUGGUGAACCAACUAGCUAGUGCCAACAUAAAUGUGCCUUCUAGUGCUGCAUUGCCAAUCAUUCGACCACAACUAGGAAGGCAACACUCUAUAUCACACAGGGCAAAGGUGGCUAUGCAAGGGUAUUUAAAUCACUUUUUGGGGAACUUGGAUAUCGUGAAUUCUCGUGAGGUCUGCAAGUUUCUGGAGGUCUCCAGGUUAUCAUUUUUGCCAGAGUAUGGACCUAAGCUAAAGGAAGAUUAUGUUACAGUGAAACAUUUGCCAAAAAUUCAGAGGGAGGGUGACGACAAAAGAUGUUGUGCAUGCCACUGGUUUACUUGUUGUAAUGGCAACUGGCAAAAGGUCUGGGCUGUAUUGAAACCAGGGUUCUUGGCCUUACUGGAAGAUCCUUUUGAUACAAAGCUAUUAGAUAUUAUUGUUUUUGAUGUGUUACCACCUUCAGGCGGAAAUGGUGAAGGCAGGGGUUUUCUAGCAAAAGAGACAAAGGAACGUAAUCCUUUGCAUUUGGGAUUUCAAGUAUUUUGCGGGAGAGGAACUAUAAAGUUAAGAGUGAGAACUAGUGCUAAGGUAAAGGAUUGGGUUGCCGCAAUUAGUGAUGCUGGAUUACAGCCUCUAGAAGACCGGUGCUAUCCUCACCGGUUUGGUUCUUUUGCACCACAAAGGGGUUUGACUGAAGAUGGUAGUCAGGUUCAAUGGUUCAUUGAUGGGCAAGCUGCAUUUGAAGCAAUUGCUUCUUCCAUUGAAGAAGCAAAAUCAAAGAUAUUCAUUGCUGACUGGUGGCUGUGCCCAGAAUUAUAUCUACGACGUCCUUUUAGUGUUCAUGGAUCUUCCCGACUUGAUGCUUUGCUAGAAGCAAAAGCUAAGCAAGGUGUCCAGAUCUACAUCCUUCUUUACAAAGAAGUUGCUCUUGCCUUAACUAUCAACAGUGUAUAUAGUAAGCGAAGACUACUUAAUAUUCAUGAGAAUGUGAAAGUUCUACGCUAUCCGGAUCAUUUCUCAACUGGCGUCUAUCUGUGGUCACAUCAUGAGAAAAUUGUGAUCGUUGAUAAUCGGAUAUGCUUCAUUGGGGGACUUGAUUUGUGCUUUGGUCGUUAUGACAACAUUGAGCACAAAGUUGGUGAUUUCCCUCCUCUGAUCUGGCCUGGAAAGGACUAUUAUAAUCCCAGGGAAUCUGAACCAAAUUCUUGGGAAGAUACAAUGAAAGAUGAAUUGGAUCGUGGAAAAUAUCCUCGCAUGCCUUGGCAUGAUGCCCAGUGUGCACUUUGGGGACCACCUUGUCGUGAUGUAGCAAGACACUUCGUUCAACGUUGGAAUUAUGCUAAGAGAAAUAAAGCUCCAAAUGAGCAAGCAAUUCCAUUACUGAUGCCUCAACAUCAUAUGGUCAUUCCACAUUACAUGGGAAAAGGCAGAGAAAUAGAUGCCCAAAAUAAGCAAGAAGAGAUGAACCAUAAAGAUAUAGGAAGGCAGGAUUCCUUCUCCUCUCGUUCGUCGUGUCAAGACAUCCCAUUGCUUUUACCUCAAGAGCCUGAUGGACCAUCAAUGUCUAAUGGAAGUAUAAAGGCUAAUGGGUUGGACAUAAAUUGCAGCCUUUCAGACUAUCCAAAUACAGCAAGUCAGACCCAGCCCUUUUCUUUUCGGAAGACCAAAGUUCAACAAUCAGCUCAGGACAUGCAGAUGAAAGGUUUUGUGGAUGAUAUUGAUUCUGAGCAGCCUCAGAGCGAAACACAUUUUGAUGUGAUUGCACAGCCAUCUUUUCAGAAUUUGGAUAAGGAGUGGUGGGAAACACAGGAGCGAGGCGAUCAAGUUGUCUCUGUUGAUGAAGCUGGGCAAGUUGGUCCACUCACCGAAUGUAGGUGUCAGGUUAUUAGAAGUGUCGGCCAAUGGUCUGCUGGUACAAGCCAAACUGAAGAGAGCAUUCAUAACGCCUACUUAUCUGUUAUUGAAAAAUCAGAGCACUUUGUAUAUAUUGAGAAUCAAUUUUUUAUAUCAGGUCUUUCAGGAGAUGAUACAAUAAGGAACCGUGUUUUAGAAUCAUUGUACAGGAGAAUUACGCGGGCAGAGAAAGAAAAGAGGUGUUUCAGGGUUAUUAUAAUCAUACCCUUGUUACCUGGGUUCCAGGGCGGCAUUGACGACGCUGGUGCUGCAUCUGUAAGGGCAUUGAUGCAUUGGCAAUACCGAACUAUUUGCAGGGGGCCAAAUUCAAUAUUGCAGAAUCUUUAUGAUAUAAUGGGCCCUAAAGCACAUGACUACAUAUCCUUCUAUGGUCUUCGAGCUUAUGGUAGACUUUAUGAUGGAGGCCCUGUGGCUACUAAUCAGGUAUAUGUUCACAGCAAAUUGAUGAUAGUAGAUGAUCAUAUAGCAUUGAUUGGUUCAGCUAAUGUAAAUGAUAGAAGUUUGCUAGGAUCGAGGGACUCUGAGAUUGGUAUACUUAUUGAAGAUAAAGAAUUUGUUGAUUCUUAUAUGAAUGGAAAGCCAUGGAAAGCUGGAAAAUUUUCGCUUAGCCUGCGCCUAUCUCUGUGGUCAGAACACCUUGGUCUUCAUGCUGGAGAGAUCAGUCUGAUUCGUGAUCCUGUGUGUGAUGCAACAUACAUAGACAUCUGGAUGGCCACUGCAAAGAGCAAUACUAUGAUCUACCAGGAUGUCUUUUCAUGUGUACCCAAUGACCUCAUCCAUUCCAGGGCUGCCUUCCGGCAAAGCACUGCUUACUUGAAGGAGAAACUUGGGCAUACUACUAUUGAUUUAGGGAUUGCUCCCGAGAAGCUGGAGUCCUAUCAGAAUGGUGAUAUCAAAGAUACAGAUCCUAUGGAGAGAUUACAGCCGGUGAGGGGCCACCUUGUUUCGUUUCCCCUCGACUUUAUGUGCAAUAAUGAGGAUUUGAGACCAGUUUUCAAUGAAAGUGAGUUCUAUGCAUCUCCUCAAGUUUUUCAUUAGACUUCAUCUGAUUCAUUGAAUUUAUUGCUCUGUAACAUCCAAGGAUUCUUUUCCCUUCUAUGAUUGUGGUGGCUCUGUGGCUUGUACAUGUAUUGGAGAUUGAAUAAAAUGUAGAAGAAAGUAGGAGUUCAGAGCCCUCCAAAAAUAAGUUGUAGCUCAAAAUGAAAUGCGUAAGCAGGGAUGGUUCCUAUUGAUUCAUUUAUAGAAUAAAGGCCAUUUCAUCCUGCCUUCUUUGUGCA